AUGACGACUCCACGGCCGCCUCCCGCGAAAGCUCCUAGCGAAAGGAUGAAGUCAGCGAUUCUCGCGUUGCAGGAUGACGAGGAAUUUGCAGAGCGCGCACAACAACCUACCACUGAAUCCAGGCUUUACGACAAAGAUGCUCCGAGUACGAUUCAAAAGCGAAAGCAAGCCAGAGACAACUAUGUCAUGUUUUGCCAAGUAUUCUAUGGUGAGACUGAUGAGGUAGCUAUGUUUGGUACUACAACAUUGAUUGAUCGCGUAUGUCGAUUCAUAGAGGGCAUGGCGAAGGCUUCGAAAGGCAUACUUCAAGAAAAAGCGAAGAUUUCAACAUUAAUUCAGUAUCGUCAAGGUCUCGAAUGGUGGAUCAAAAUCUUAACUACAAGCUUCGCCACCAUCAAAAGCGAAUUCAUGAGUCGUGUUACGCGGCACACCCACAUGAUCGCGCAGAAGUUCCAGCUGUCCACUGAGAAUCGUGUAAAGAACAACCUGGGAGCGCUUGAGGUAGAGUUAUUCUUCAACCAGAUCAUGCUUGAGAGCAAGAGGAUUGCGAACUGGAAGCAACACUAUGUGGCCUGGGUGUUAGCCUUCAUUACUGGCGCUCGACCUGGGUCGUUCACAGUCUCAUCGCGUUACCGUCAAGGGGCUCCCAUGGGUGGUGCAGUCAGCGACAGUCUGCUUCCUCGCACUGAGUCACAUACUCUUCGAUGGUCCGACGUGGUAUUCGAGCGCAUGACAGAAGACAUUGCGUGUAGCAUUACCUUCCGCUUCAACAAGGGAUAUCAAGAUCCGUACAGGAGAACCUACGUUGAAGGUAGGCGACAUUGGUUCUUUGCCCCAAAACACCAAGCCCUGCAUCUGGACGUCAGUAUCCUGAUGUUCUUGUUGGCUUUUGAGCGUGGCCUAUUUGUAGAGUCACUUGACGACCUACUCAAUGGAACGGCGCGAUUCAUCAAGAAGAAUUCAGUAGUCGACAAGCAAGCGGUGUUUGUAUCUGCCGACAAGAAUGGUGACCUUGUUCCAACGAAGGAUAUGGGUUAUGGUGCACUUAACCCGAAGCUACGAGAGAUGUGUCAGAUUGUCGGCCUUUUCGAAUACAACAAUAUGUACGCCUUUCGACGCGAAGCAGCGACCGUCACUAAGCAUACGCAUGGUCUGGCAAAUGCCCAGGAACUGCUGAACCACCUCCCUAGCGCCCAGAAUGCGUACUACCUCCACUAUGAUCACCAAGGCUUCGGAAUGCGCGAUACGACUGCAUUCCGACUAGGCGGACCUAGGCUAUCAGAAGAAGACAUCCGGAAAUAUUUCUCUCAGGCUGUCUCGGUAUAUAAACCUAGAGAGGGCGAGAAACUCCCGCGAGAAGAGCUCAAGGCUCGUGUUGAGGACCGACUAAUAGAUCAUGAGGAGUUCCUUGCCCUAGAGGAAACACUGGAGAACAUCCUUACUGAACGUCAUCAAGCUCUGCAGGCUUUGGGACGCUUAGAUGCAGGAGAAGUCUACAGCUAUUCUCCAAGGAAUGCCGCCAAUUACAAAGCGCUUAUGACUGAAGACGCUGUCAAGACACAGCCCAGAGUUGCUGAUCUGGUCAAAAAAAUAGACAAGCACUCUGCGUACCGCAAGACUAGAAGACGCGACAUUCGUAUAGCGCUCGAGAAGGAGGUCAUGGAAGCUAUGAAGAUGGACGCUCGUAGCCGCCAACAAAUCAUCGAUCUGGGUGCACCUGGAGCUAGUGCUGCUGCUGCUGAUGAUGAUGAUGAUGAUGAUGAAGAUCUAAGCUACGCUACUAUGGCUGGUAGAGACGACGAGCCUGAUUACUGGAGAGCCGUUCCAGAGGGUGAGACGAUCGUUGUUGCAGGUGACGAGGAGACCGAGCACGAUCGAAAUAUGCGACGUAACUUCAUCAACCAAUGGAUCAGUCACAAAGACUCCGAUGUCAAGAAAUCAGGCCUCAAGUACUACCUGUGUCGACUAGGUCCUACCAUGACUCAAGCUCAAAAGGAUAAGAAGUGGAUCCUCGCAAAGUACAACACACACCUAAAGAGCGAGACACAUACUAGGAAGGAGCAACUCCGACGGGCAUUCAAGAUCAUGCAAAAAGAGAGCGGCGACAAUAAAGCGGCUUGUCCCCUGUGUGACAAUCGUGAAUACACGAGGGCAGACACCUUCAUAGGCCACGUAGAGACGGCACAUUCGGAGCAACUCUUUUCUAAGAGAACGCUGACUCGUACUACUCGACUCGCAUCUAGCAGAGAAGAUGGUACUGGGUAA